AUGGCCUCAAUGCGACGUCAUUUUAGAUUACAAAAUAAGAACAUCUUUCUGACGUAUCCCAGAUGUUCUUUACAUAAAGAGGGACUCCUGCAGAAACUUAGAGCGUUGUUCACCAACAGGCAACCAAAUUAUAUCAAAGGUGCACAUGAAUUACACGCCAAUGGUGAACCACAUCCACAUGCUCUCGUCCAAUUUGCAUACCAUUUCCAGACGCAAGAUGAACGGUUCUUCGACGUUACCUACGACAAUAGUAAUCAUCAUUUCCAUCCAAAUAUGCAAGGGGCAGCUAAUCAUGAAAAUGUUUCGGAAUACAUCUCUAAACAAGGUGACUACACUGAAUGGGGUGAAUUCUAUGAACGGGGCUGCUGCGCUAACCAACAGAACAAAGAAAAUAUAUAUCAUGAGGCGCUUGCAGCGGACAACAAGAAGCAAGCACUGGCAAUGGUGAGAAACGGAGACCCAAAAUGCUAUUGGUUAAAUUACGACAAAUUGUCCUCUAAUUAUGACAGGAUUUCAUUUAUUCCACCAUUGUCGUACGUUCAUCAAUUUGCAGAAAUAAUAUGGGCCAUCCCAGCAGAUCUACAGCAAUGGGUUGCAGAAAAUAUCAAAGACGAGGCCCAAAGACCACACAGGCCCAAACGCAUUAUAAUUGAAGGCCCAUCUGGGAUUGGGAAAACAUGCUGGAUCAAGUUCUUCAAAGUGUCGUAA